UUGUCAGAGUUGUUGGCCUUUGUAGAUUAUAUCAAUUUGUUUAAUUUAUAUUCUAUUAUUUGACAAAAUGAUUGGAAGACUGUCGUUUUGGAAUAAAGACAGUACCACCAGUGAAGUGGACUGUUUGGGCUGUCGUCUGGUCAGCGGUUUUGGACUGAUCGGCAUUGGAGUCUAUCUGCUGGCCCAGGCAAAGCGGCGCAGCAAGCCGCUCGAGAACUACACAAUGAAAGGCUUGGCAGCCGCUGUUGGCGCUCUGGGCGUGGCUCGCCUGGGCAAUGCAGAAUUCUUUAAGCCUACCGCUAAGCAGGAACCGGAGGAGGGGACGACGACGCCCACAAAGAUUAUAACCAAGGAUCAUGGAUUCUUUACUAGACGCUAGGCAGGCGGUUUUAUUAGCUAGCUGACUCAUUAAAUUUACAAUUAGUUAUG